AUGGUUACAUUAAGAUUCACAUGCAAUAGCAAUGGUAAGAUGACAAAUGUAAUUAAUUUGAGUGUCUCCUUGAUACAUUCCACAUUAAGUGGCGGAUGUGCUCUAGCAUUCAUGAUUUUCAAUGCUGAUAUAAUGUUCAAUGAUACUGUUAACUGGUAUAGCCAAUGGGCUGCGCAAUUACCAUUGCUCUCAAUGGGUAACGAACACUUCAUUUCAUUUGAUCUAUUCGAUCAGCAGUAUUUAUUCCAAAAACUCGAUCUUCGAAUUAGUAUAGUUUUUCAUCAUGUGGCCAUCCUUUCAGCAUUUGCCAUCGGUAUGCUCUCCCAUAAAUUUCUUCCUUAUGCGUAUUGGGCAUUACUUGUCGAAGUUAGCAGUGUAUUUAUACACAUACGUACAAUACUGGAGAUUUCUAAAUUAUACACAAAAAUUUUCAACAGCAGAUUAAAAUCUUACGUUUACCAUCAUUUAAACUCAUCAUUUAAAAUUCUUUUCCAAUUCAGGACGGUCGUUUUUCGAUUAGGUGUAAUAUUGUGGAUGCUGCAAUAUGUGAUCAAGAAUCGUAAUCAUUUCCACAAAUUCUAUUUAUACGCUGGCGUAUUCCUGGAUGUUUUCUUUUUUAGCUUUAGCUUAGUACUGCUCAUUCAAAUGAUCUAUCAAGACACUUUGCUAUACGAUGCAAAAAGAGCCGAAAGCAAAUUCUAA